GAGCACUCGGUAGGGAGUGUACUCUCACCCCAAAGUUCGACAGAAGGGCCGACCAGAAGCGAGCACCUGUCCUGCUCGAAGCCGUCGCCGUGAGGCACCGAUGAUAUAUCCCACUAACGGGUGGCUGCAAGCGUCAGACUCUCCCAAGAGCUCCCGAAAGCCAGAGUCAAUUGUGCAUCGCAACAAGGUGUCUCAAGGAAGACAGGGCACGCGGGAAGCUCAUUCGCGGAGCCGAGUCUCCAAUGAUGGAUGGUCAUCCUACUACCUCUACCAGUACAGUACUUACUGUACAGUACCGUGUCGGGUCUGGAUCCAUCAUCCUGCAGCGGCCAACAGCUGGGAUAGGCGCUGCGGCAGCCGUGAGCCGCCCGCUGCUUGCCACGCGCAGAGGGCAGUUUCGCACAAGGAGCAGCAUCCGCGAGCCAGCGUCUUUUCAAAGUCGGACCGUGGUUCUUUGGGCCUGGAUGAGCGCUCCGGGGAGCCCAUGACACGGACGCGCAACCGCCCUGCGACAGCUCUUGAGCUCUCAGGGCUGGCUGGCCCUUCUGCGUCGACCCUGUUCCGAAAGAACCAUCAGCCGAACGUGGCCAGUCGUAAAAACAUCGGUACAGGAUGCGCCAGCCUCCCCGGGCUGGGGACAGGCCUCCCAUGCCGCCCUCUUCUCUCCAAAGUUCCAUGGCCCAGGGCUUGCCGUGGACCCGUGCUGUGACCCGUCAUCCAUCGUCUGCAGGUGUAAAGCAGGGAUCUGGGGGGAGAUCUGUUGUGGGCACAGUCGAGAGAAGGCCGAUCGAGGUUAUUACGAGACUUUCUCCGCCGAGCCACUGACACCUUUCUGCUGCCCUCUCAAGAGCCCUCCUGCAGCGUGUCCGUCAACGUCUCUCGGCCAUUAUUGUCAGCCUUUCACAACGAGCGUUCUCUACCGCCGCACCUUCACCACACCCGCUCCCUCCCUCGGCCCUGACAGCAACUACCCUGGCCAGCGGCUACCUACGCCUCGAAGCUGCAGAACGUGCCGUCCCCUCUCCCGCCCACAGGCCGAAUCAAAGGCGAAGCAGGACUACUGAAGGACGAGACUGCAACAGGGUACUUCCAGAAAGGUAGCGUGAUUAUAUUUCUUACAUACGUACAUGGGCACGUUUCGUUAUAUCACCCCCUCCCUGGCGCGCGCCGGACCUUCAACUC